AUGGCAAGUCCAUAUAGACAUCAGCCAUUAUGUCGUUCCCGAAGGGAGAUCAGACUAUUACAAUUGCUACCAGAAGAUGGCAACCCAAAACUGAAACGGAUCCCUUCUUGCCGUAUCCAUCGCGCCGCCCUCCCUCAGAAACCUAAAUUCAUAGCGCUAUCUUAUGUCUGGGGAGACGUCAACGAAACGCGGAUGAUACUCGUCGAUGGUUCACAAGUUCGAGUAACCAAAAAUCUGUAUAACGCUAUGAUGGCACUCAGACCAUCGAAAGAACCCACCGUAAUAUGGAUUGACUCUUUGUGUAUUGACCAAAUGAAUAACGAGGAAAAAAGCUGGCAAGUCGGGCUCAUGGCAGAUAUUUAUCAACAUGCGGACAAGGUUAUUGCUUGGUUGGGCCCAGCUGACGAGGACAGCGAUUCAGUAAUGGACGGCCUGAAUUCCUUAGGCACAAAAGCUGAAGCCCUUGGCAUGCACUUUGGACCGCCGGAUCUAGAUCAAAGAGUCUGGCAGGAGCUAGCAUUAAAUCCAGCUCCCACUGCUGCCAGGUCUUCUCAAAGUGCACCGGAAAAACUCUUCUAUUCAAUCAGUGGCUACUAUGAUAAGAGUGGUGUACUACCAAUAGCUGGGCUAAAGCGAUUUUUUGGUCGCGCAUGG